CUCCUACGAAAUGGUACGCUCCGUUGCCUAGGUGCGCGUGGAAGCCAGUUCACUUCGCUUCGUUUUAGCACGCACAACGUCACCCGUUUGCUUAAGUUAGUUGUCGCUGAAUGCAAAGAUGAGGCGGAAAAGGGAUUUUAAAGAUAACUUUGGCACAUGACAUCCAACUGGCGUACGAGGACUAAUCGUCAUCUAGAACCCCUCCAACCACAGAAGCCAGGCUCCAUCCCUGCCAGAUGCUGUUCCAUACAACUUAAUGUGUCACCAUGGACCACAAAGAGGUGCAUACAGAGCUGGACCAGAUAUCCGCACGGCUCCAGCAGGAUGGGUUGCUUCCGGAGGCUAGUCCCGAAGAGCGCCAGUGCCACCUUUGGCGGCGGCUCCUGGACACUGAAGCGGAGCUGCAGCAGUCCUCCCAGGAGCUGUGUACUUUGCGCUCUCAGCAGGCCAACGAGAUGAAGGAGGUGGACAGUUAUGUAGAGCAUAUCCGUGGCCUGCUGCAACAGCGUGAGUGCAUAACUGCUGACUAUGAAAGAGACAAUGAACAACUGCAAAAAGAGCUCCACCGCAUCAGACAACAACAAGAGAUUCAGAGCAAGGAGCUGGCAGAGAUGUUGGCACAGGAAGACCUUGGGGAGAUGGGCUUGAGCAGCCCCAGUGAGCAGGUAGCUUACCUACUGGUGGAGAGGGCAACACUCCUGGAGAGGCUUGAGGCUGCUGAGAGAAGGCUGGAGAGGCAGAGCUUGUCUGGCAAUGUCAGGGAUGUCCAGAUACAGGGUCCAUCCCAGACUCCUUGGAAGAAGCUGUUUGGGCUGCGCAAGUCUGCUCAGAACAAAAACAAUAUUACCCCUGCACACAAUGAGGAGCUGUCUCGUGAGCAUAAUGAACGCCGGCGGCUGGAGCGUGACUUGGAAGAGGCGUCAAGCAGGCUAGAGAUGGCUCAUCAGGAAAUCCGAAGGCUCAACAAUGAGCUGGACGUGGCCAAAAGCAACAGCCUAGACCCCUGUGGGUCUGAGCUUCAGGAAACACUCCAAGAACUAGACAUUCUGAAGAGAGAAGUGGACAAACUAAAGCAGUGCGAUAUGAUGAAACUUCAGCAGGCCAAAGACGAACGAGACAGACUAGACGUUGACAACCAAAGUCUCAGGGAGAUGGUGUCCUCUUUAGAGUCUGAAAAGAAAAAGCUUCUCGUGCAGUUGGAAACAAGGCACAUGAACAAAGAUGCUUCCUUAAAAGAGGAUGGGAGGCAAAACGGCAGGUGCAGUGAGCUGCACAUGUCUGGCAUUUCAACCAAAGAUUCUGAUCCAACUCACAAACGCUGUCAUGCAGCGAUCGAGGACAAACAAGUACAGGUGAGAGAGCUGGAGCGUCAACUCCAAAGGCUACGCAAGGAGCAGGAGGAGCUGGAGGAGAGGAAUGAGGAGCUGGAGGCUCUACUCGGCGAGGCCCAGAAUGCCAGCAAGGAGGAGAGGCUUCGCCAUGACGGAGAUCUGGAGGGACUACAUCGACGGAUCAAAAACCUUGAGGGAGAGCUGAAGAAGCAGGAAACUCAAGAAAAGCUGUUAAAGAAUGGCGAAGAGGUCAAAAGCACAGAGUCCUUCUUGCAGCUGCACCUACGGGACAGUGGCCCAGAGAGAAUGGCUUUACUGGAAGCUCGACUGACUGAGGAGAAGGACUGGAGGAAACAACUCGAGCUCGACCUCAGUGCUGCUCAGGCUGCCUUAAAAAAAGACAAAGAGGCUUUGCAGAUUGGUGAGAGAGAGCUGAAGAAGCUAAGACUUGAGGUUAACAGUCUCACGACUGAGUGCCAACAAGGGAAAACCCUCAUCAAGGGGCUCAACCAAGUCAAGGGGGAAAAGGCAGUUCUGGAGGAGAAGUUAGCCCAGAUGGAGCGAGCUCACCGUCGACUUCAGAGUGAGUUGGAGCGUCACAAAGAUGCUAAUCACACCCAAAAGAACCUCCGGGAUAACAGAAUACAGGUGGACCAGCUGCAGGAGCAGGCUGAACAGCUGACCAACCAACUAAUCAGCCUUCAGAAAGAACACAGCACACUCAGGAAUGAAAUGGCCUCUGAGCAGCGGCAGGUGGUAGAGCUGCAGGCCAAACUGAGCGACAGCAUCCAGAAGAAGCUGGAGGUUGAAGAGGAAAGAGUGAAACUGCAGCUUGAGAUACAGCACCUCAAAGAGCAGCUCCAGCAGCAUCAGGGACAGCUCUGUUUGGAUAAUGAAACACUUUGCGGCAACCUGAAGUCACUUCGAUCAGAGUCAGCUUUUGGUCCAGUGGAGAAGACCAACGAGAAACGCUUGGAUCAGUCCCUGGGCAUAGUCCUGAGUCAGAAGGCAGAAGAGGCUAAACAUUUGAAGCAGGACCUGCAAAGGGUACAAAGUCUAUUCACCUCUGCAGAACGAGAACUGCGCUACGAAAAGGAGAAGAACUUGGACUUGAAGAGGCACAACACCCUGCUGGACAAUGAAAAACUCAAGAUUUCUGCAGAGCUGAACCAGGCACAGACAAAGCUGGCCCAGGUGGAGCAGAGUCUUCACACUCAGAUGGCUGCAUCAGAACGUCAGCAACAAAGAAUCAGAGAGUUGGAGCUGGAGCUGGCACGCAAUUCAGCUAAUCGCAGCGUCGCCAAAAGUCUGCAAGAAGAACUGCAGGCUGAGAGAGCAAAGGUCAUUACUGCUGACAAAAAGGUGGUGGAGCUGCAGCAACAGCUCAAGACGACACAACACCGGCUGCACAUGGAGGAAGCUCGAUCCAGCGAGAGCAGCCGCCUGGAACAGGACAGCAAAGAUCUGUCUGACACUUUGACCUCCUUGAGAGCCCAGCAGCAGGAGGACCACAUCAAAAGGAAGCUCUUAGAGCAGCGUGAGGAGGAGCUCCAGCACCAGGUACAUUCCCUGAGGUUGAAGGAGGCCUCGCUCACCAGAACCAAUGCCGAGCUCAGCCACCGAGCACAACAGAUGGAGGCAGAACUUAAUAAAGCCCGAGAGGAGAUAAAAGAUGAUCAAGCCUCUUGUCGCAGACUGAAGGAUGAUCUAGCGGCCAGUCAGCUAGAUUGUGACAGAAUGCAGGGAGAGCUCAAGCAAGUUUUCCUGCAAUUGAAUACAUACGUCAGGAAGUACGAUGAAAAACAGAGUAGACACAAGAGCAAACUACAUCAAGCCAAGCAGGUCUUUCUCCAAGCCACUGCACAGCGGGACAACACCAUCCAGAAACUUGAGAAUGACUUAGCCCUGGCCACCAGUCUCUUGAACAAGGAAAAGGAGAACAUCCAUAGUGUAAUGGAGGAAAAUGAGAAGCUUCUGGAAGAGAGGAGGAGGCUCUUGCUGAAGAUAAGUGAGGCGGAGGAACUGGGCAGCAAUGGCAUGAGGGCAGCAUCCACUGUCCAACAUAGGGUCAUUGUCUUAGAGGCAGAAAACGGGCGACUGCAGGAUCAAACUCUAAGGCUGUCCAGUCAGGUCAGUUCCUUGGAGCGUGCCUUGAGGAAUGCCCAGUCCUUCAACAGCAAUGAGAAUUCCAAGAAAGUUUUUUGUGACAGCAUCAUGCAAACUUCGAAUUUAAGCCUCACGUCCAGUUCCUAUGACCCUUGGGAGUUAUUGGACGCAAUCUCCCGCACCAAAUGUCAGCAUAUGUCGGAAGGCACGCGAACAUCUGUCUCCACGCAGCAGCCAUCAGAACAAGGCUACCUGAACCUCGUCUCCCCAUUGCUCCCUCCUGAUGCUAUCCUGGGAAGUCCAAAUAGCAGUGAUGACACAUGAGGCACCAGCACCUGAUGACGCAAAAACAAAGGGUAAAAUAUAAGUGGAAUCAAAAGUAGGGGUUCACUGAUCACAAUUGUUUGCCCAUCACCCAUCUUUACAAUGCUUGACCUGCUGAUACUGAUUUUGUUUUUGCAAAAUGAAAAGCCUAUUAGUAAUCGCACAGCAGAAGACAGUAGCUGACUUUUUCCAUACCUCUGCAGAGGGAGAUGAGAUUGAUAGAGAAGAUCAGAUUUAUUUUAAGGGAUUGGCCAAUCGCCCAUUCCCCAAAAUUAAGGAAAUCAGCACGGAUUGAUCAGUGCACACCUAAUCGAAAGACUAUAAUAAUAAUAAGAAGAAGAAGAAUAUACCAAGAGAAGACUUCCACUGCAUUUAUGGAAAAGGGGGAUCAGAAUGGCAGAUUAUGACAAGAGGAAAACAGGACAAAAUUAUGUCUGGCCAGUGAAUGUUGAAAUGAUAGUACCUGACUGAGAGUUCAAACAGCACUUUACAAAACAGUUCAGUAUGUUUACAUUUAGGGAAAUGUAGCCGUUGUGAAUAAUUUGCAUUUUAACUCUUUUUUUUAAUUUUUUUAAUUAAACCACAAUUUGUAAUUUGGUGAAAUUUUGCCAAUGCAUUUAGUGAUAAUAGUGUUGCAGACACUUUUGCCUGUGUGAUUAUCCAUGUCAUAGGAUGCACUAAGCAGCCACAACAUUCUGCCAACUUACACUGUAUAAUGAUAGUAAAAACAGGAGCUGCAUCAAAUAUUUUGCCUUUACUAAGCGCUGGCGUUUAAUCCAAUUCAUUUGGAGGCUUUAUCAAUGAGGGCUCUUGGACAAAGUGCAUCAUAUCAUUGUCUUAUUUGACCAGUUGCUUAGGGAUAAACAAGGUUAAAUCAAAUAGCUUGGGUGUCGCACUGCAGUCGAAAAUGCAGGGUGGGCAUAGUCGAGUAGACGACCUCCAGCACGCUAUAAGUAAUGUUUCAUUUUGGUUGACACAUUCAGAUUAGGUUGCAUUAAUUUAACAACGUUUUCAGAAUAUUUGACAUAGCUCUUUAUUGUGCAAGUGGUCAUCAUAUUGUGGCUGGAUGAUAACUAUACCAGGUGUCUCUUCACUGUUCAUGCUACUCCAGUAUUAAUGAUGAGAUCAUUUUAAACGUCAAAAGAGGAAGUGAAUGCUGCUUCUUUCAUCUGCCUUGAGUCUCCAAGCACGAUUUGUUCAUUCCCAGGAGACUUUGUGAGAACAAUUAUUACUCGUAAUCGAACACUAAGUAGGACCUUUGUUUGAUACAAUCACCAGUUGCAUUUAUUUUAUACAAUAGGUACAGAAGGAACCAGUGUUGGCUUAAAUGUGCCAAAAUGACAAAGUGUGACUUUGUCUUGCUGCUGUGUGUCAAGGUUGAUAAAUAGUGUGCGUAAAAUUCAAAAGAACCUUGACUCAAUGUUUUUUUUUUAUAAACUAUUUUCAUAAAUAAAGAACUUUACACAAA